GCGCCGGGCCGCGCUUCCUGCCUCGCCGCGGGUCCUCCUCCUCGCCGUGACGCGCCAGCCUCUGACCAAAUAAGUCCCUUUCUCCUCCCUCGCCCGCCGCGCCACCCGCAGGCGCCCCGAGCCCGGGGCUGCCGCCUGCACGUCGCCCUGCCUGGGAGUGUCGGGCCGGCCCCGCGGGGCUGCCCCCGGCAAGAUGCCCUUCAGGAAAGCCUGUGGGCCGAAGCUGACCAACUCCCCCACGGUGAUCGUCAUGGUGGGGCUGCCCGCCCGCGGCAAGACCUACAUCUCGAAGAAGCUGACCCGCUACCUCAACUGGAUCGGCGUCCCCACAAAGGUGUUCAACGUGGGCGAGUACCGACGGGAGGCCGUGCGGCAGUACAGCUCCUACGACUUCUUCCGCCCCGACAACGAAGAGGCCAUGAAAGUCCGAAAGCAGUGUGCCUUAGCCGCCUUGAGAGAUGUCAAGAGCUACCUGGCAAAGGAAGGGGGGCAAAUCGCGGUUUUCGACGCCACCAAUACUACUCGAGAGAGGAGACACAUGAUCCUUCACUUCGCCAAAGAGAACGACUUCAAGGCCUUUUUCAUCGAGUCUGUGUGUGACGAUCCCACGGUUGUGGCCUCCAAUAUCAUGGAAGUUAAAAUCUCCAGCCCGGAUUACAAAGACUGCAACUCGGCAGAAGCCAUGGACGACUUCAUGAGGAGGAUCGGCUGCUACGAGGCCAGCUACCAGCCGCUGGACCCCGACAAGUGGGACAGGGACCUGUCGCUGAUCAAGGUGAUCGACGUGGGCCGGCGCUUCCUGGUGAACAGGGUGCAGGACCACAUCCAGAGCCGCAUCGUGUACUACCUGAUGAACAUCCACGUGCAGCCGCGCACCAUCUACCUGUGCCGGCACGGCGAGAACGAGCACAACCUGCAGGGCCGGAUCGGCGGCGACUCGGGCCUGUCCAGCAGGGGCAAGAAGUUUGCCAGCGCCCUGAGCCAGUUUGUGGAGGAGCAGAACCUGAAGGGCCUGCGGGUGUGGACCAGCCAGCUGAAGAGCACCAUCCAGACGGCCGAGGCGCUGAGGCUGCCCUACGAGCAGUGGAAGGCGCUCAACGAGAUUGACGCCGGCGUCUGCGAGGAGCUGACCUACGAGGAGAUCAGGGCCACCUACCCCGAGGAGUACGCGCUGCGUGAGCAGGACAAGUACUACUACCGCUACCCCACCGGGGAGUCCUACCAGGACCUGGUGCAACGCCUGGAGCCCGUGAUCAUGGAGCUGGAGCGGCAGGAGAACGUGCUGGUCAUCUGCCACCAGGCCGUGCUGCGUUGCCUGCUGGCCUACUUCCUGGACAAGAGCGCAGAGGAGAUGCCCUACCUGAAGUGCCCCCUUCACACGGUCCUGAAGCUGACGCCCGUCGCUUACGGUUGCCGCGUGGAGUCCAUCUACCUGAACGUGGAGUCCGUCAGCACCCACCGGGAGCGGUCGGAGGAUGCAAAGAAGGGACCUAACCCGCUCAUGAGGCGCAACAGUGUCACCCCGCUAGCCAGCCCCGAGCCCACCAAAAAGCCGCGCAUCAACAGCUUCGAGGAGCACGUGGCCUCCACCUCGGCCGCCCUGCCCAGCUGCCUGCCCCCCGAGGUGCCCACGCCGCUGCCCGGACAACCAUUGCUAGGGCAGGCCUGCCUACGAACUGUCUGUCACAUUUUCUCAAAGUUUUCUCCCUACUGACCCUGCGAAGAACGUGAAGGGCCCCCGGAGCGGCGCUGACCCCUCCCGGACACACUGAAGCGGACACGCCGCCACUGUUCCAUCUCCAUGUCUGCCGCUUAGCUCGCGCCCUCCCGGCUACCCCAAGGCCGAACGAAGCCCGGGACCUGCGGAACGGAGGAGGGGCGGUGGGGCCCUGUGCCCGGCGUGGGCCUGCCGAGACCCCGGACAGCCACACGGGGCCCUGGCUCCUUGCCUCGAGCCGCCGCAGGCCCCUCUGCUCUGUUGGCCCCCCAGGGCGGGGUCUAGCCCUGGAGACCCUCCCAGAUGCCCGGGAAGACUCUGAGCCGAGCAGGGGCCCCGUCUGCUGUGCUGUCUCAUCUGUGUGAUCCCGGACCACCGAGGUCGGAGCGGGAGGCGACAUUGGCUGCAGGAUCCCGAAACGGAAAGAGGCCGGAUCGUAGCCAGGGAAGGGCAAGGCGCGUCUAAGAGCUUUCACGGGGCCUGGGAAGAUGCCUCGUGUGGAGCAGACCUGGACGGCUGCAGGACCGGGGCAUCUCUUCUGCAAGACGUCCCUGUACCGAGACUCCCCCGGAGGCUGAACGGACACGCACGCCCCUUCCCGGCCUGUUUCUGCCUCUGAAGGAGACGUUUUCGAGGCCGCGCUGGCCUCGUGGGUGGAAGGAAGCUGCUUUGUUGAAAUGCAGGAGCCGGGGCCUCCCUGCCUCCCUCUGCCAGGGAGCCGCAGGGUCUGCUCUCUUCUCCCCGGGCGUGGAGGUGCCCGAGACUCUCGCUGUCCGGGAGCGGCUUGCGUUCACACUUUGUCACGGCAGGAUAGCGCUGGGGUGUCAUCCAGCCCCGGAGGCUCGGAGCCUCUGAGUGCCCACGUGUUGGGGACGAUCGGAGAGCUCGGAUCCUCGGGUCCUUGCAAGACGGCAGCGAGGAGAAUGCCCGGCUUCCCUCCCUUGGGACUGGCUCUGUCCCCCCAGUGUUCCUGGUGGGGACAAUCUUCCCAGGCAAGGCCUUGUCCCCGGGGCUGUCUGGGGUGAGCCUGGCACCCCGGGGAGGUCACAUUGGCCUGGCUUUCGCCUGCACAGCAUCUGUGUGACACUUUUGCGGCGGCCGAAAGCAGAGCUUACCGGACGUGCGUCCUGAUCACCUGUCUUUUCUGCCUGUUGGUUUCUCCUCGUGGCCUGGAGCCCCGGGGCAGGAGGAGGGGGGGUGCCUUGUGCCCGGAGGAAACAGUUUGGAAACUCACGGUAGAGUUUGUCCAAAUGACCCUUUUUCAGGAUGUCUCAACGCUGGUGCCAAAGGUCACUUUCCUUUCCUGCCUUCUGCCGGGGAGCCCCAGACCCUUCUUCCCGCUCAGGGAGGGGACGGGUCCUGGGCGGGUUGGGGAGCUUAGAGAGGACUCGUUUCCCUGGUUGGGAUGAGGUAGGAGACGGGGCCGCGCUUCGUACGUUCGGGGUUUCCAUGGGAACCACUGGAGUCCUCCCUGUCCACCCCGACUCAUUGGCAGCCUGCCCGGGAGGACUCAUGUGCCUCUGUCCCCUCCCGCCAUGUCCAUGCAUCGCCAGGUGGCGUGCAUGGCCGGUGCCUGCACAGGUGUGCGUAGAUUGGUCCUACCGUGUUUCCCUGAAAAUAAGACCUACCCAUAAAAUGAGCCCUAGCAGGAUUUCUAAGCAUGUGCGCAAUA